AUGUGCAGAAAGGUGGGGCGCGCGAACCCAUGCGGAUAUACCGCUAUGUAAAAUGGCGGCGUGAGAGAGGCUCGUUCAAAACAGCGGUUUUUUACCUGAAACGGAGGUUAAUUAACAUCUGUGAGCCGGUGAGCGGAACCAGGAGCGGCCCGGGAAUCAGCCACAGAACCGCCCACAGAGUCAGCCACAGGUCCAGGUCGGAAUUUACAUUCCCGAAAAAGAGAGCAGGUGGGAUGGCGAAGAGGAUCGCUGAUAAAGAGCUGACGGACAGGAACUGGGAUCAGGAGGAGGAGGGAGAGGAGGCCGGGACCUUCUCAGUCGCAAGUGAAGAUGUGUUGAAGAACCGGGCGAUAAAAAAGGCCAAACGCAGAAAUAUCGGAGCCGAGGGCGAGAGCAGCGGAUCCUUCAAAGGUUUUAAAGGGUUUUCUUUGAGCGGGACGGCGGCGAGCGGAGGUUCGACCCCGACGGCGUUUUCUGGUUUUGGGAACGGCGGCGGCUUCAAAGGCCUCAGCAGUCUGACCAACGGAAACAGCAUCGCUCCGUCCUUCGGAGGGUUCUCGUCUCCGUCUGCAACCACUGCUACCCCCGGUGAGGACCGUCUCAGUGUGAAUGUGCUGAUUAUUGGCUGAUUAUUGGCUGAUUAUUAACAAUAUGAGCGUUUGUUUCAGUCACCAGAGGCUUCCUGUGGUUCUGAGUUGUGACGUGAAGUCGGAGAGCAGCUGUCUGCUUCAUGCUGCACAUUCACAGAGAAACAGUUUUAUUCAGACUAACCGACAUCAUCCUCUGGUCGGUGUGAUGAAGCUGCUGCUGUGACACACGUGCACAUCUCUCAUUUUAAAGCUGUGGACAGUUUUGUU